CUCAGCUUAAAAUCGGAUUGACUCUGAGAAUUUUGCCUGAAUAUCGUUAAAAUUGAUUCAAAUUUUGCCACGAAGGGAGAUUGGAAUGAAGCCAAAAUUUUGAAUGGAAAUUUUUUUAGCCGAUUUUGGGAAAUCAACGUAGCGGCGACCAUGAGAAAGGAAAUCGGAAGCUGUGCGCAGCCACCUCCGGCAGCCGUACUCCGCUCAAGCCGACCGUCCACCACCUGUGACCGCCAUCCCAACGAACCCGUCGUCGGAUUCUGCGCCGUUUGUCUUCGGGAACGCCUUGAAGCCGUAGCCAAAGCCGCCGCCGCCGCUGCCCUCCAGCCGGAGCUCCGCCGCAGCAAGUCCUUUUCUGUCUCUCAGAUACCCGGCUUCGCCGCUACGUGCGAGCCCCGACGCAAGUCCUGCGAUGUCCGAGCUAGGAGCACGCUGCUGUCCCUCUUCCACCAGGACGACGGGAAUCAUCCGGCCGUAGAGAUCUCCGGCGUAAAGAGGCUAGAGGACAGUGAUGAGAUUAUGUCCGCCGUCGACGAGAUGAACGAAGACAGUGAGACUCCGACGGCCGAUUUAAAGCCGAUAAAGGACCACAUUGACAUUGGCUCGCGAGCGAAGAAGAUUUCCCCAAAAGACGCCAAGGAAUUCGCCGGAAGCUUCUGGCUCGCCGCUUCCGUCUUCAGCAAGAAACUUCAAAAAUGGAGAAAGCAGAAGGUCGAUAAGAAGACACCCUCUGCAAUGCCGCCGGAGAAAACCGGAAGCAACUCGCAACGAGAUUGCGACACUCAGUCGGAAAUCGCUAUAGAUGCGUUCGGCCGGAGAUCCUGCGAUAUUAACCCUAGAUUCUCGCUCGAUGGGAGCCGGAUUUCAUUUGAGGAUCCACGGUAUUCCUGGGACGAGCCUAGGGCUUCUUGGGAUGGUUUUAUCAUCGGCGGCAGCGGAGGGCGCUCACUUCUCCCUCGCCUCCCCCCAAUGCUCGCCGUCGCGGAGGACUCUCCUUCUCCUGCCGUGCAGCGCUUCGACGGUUUAAUGCCGGUUGAAGAAGAUGCAGUGAUUCCUGGCGGAUACUCGCAGACAGGGGAUUACUAUGGGUGCCCUUCUUCCUGCGGGAGGCGGAGCUUAGAACGCUCUACUUGUACCAGAAAGCAGUCCUACGAGUUUAAUUUGCAGAUCCCGGCAGCCAAUGCCAAGGGAUCACCCACGGUGAGCGCCGAACUGGUGCAGACCUGCGGCGGCGGAAAGCAUGGACGAGAUUCUCGAGAGUGGAGCUCGAAUUCACUGAGAGAUGAAUAUUCGGAGAACAUCGAUUUGUCUUUCAGAAAUCAAUCAAAGGUGCCGCCGGCGAAGAAGUCACGUCGCUGGAGCAAAGGCUGGAGUUUUUGGGGGUUCAUUCACCGGCGUGUAGGAAAUAGCGGUGCCAGAGAUAAUGGAGUGGAGAGGUCAUUAUCGGAGACAUGGCCGGAGCUGGGAGCUGAUGGGUACAAUCGAAGGAUUUGCAGAAGUAAUAGCAAUGUGAGCUCGCGGAGUUCGUUCAACGGAAAUGGCGGAUUCGGGAGUUGGAGGGAGAAUGGAUUAGAGAGUAAUGGAAACAGGAAGAAAAAGAAGAAAAGGGUGGAAGUUGUGCUGGAAAAGAAUCACAUUUCGAGGUAUCGUCCAAGCCAUGUUAAUAAUGGCUUGCUGAGAUUUUACUUGCCGGCCAUGAAAGGUAGCAGAAGAAGCAAGUAUAGCAGUCGUCAUUCCAUAACAGGGAGCUUGCUAAGAUUGUAUUGAAGUUGGAGAGUCAUUAUCUGCUUCUUCAGAUCAAUGUUUAUGUCCGGAUUCUAAUGCAUAUUUCUGUUCUUGUU